GUUUUGGAAUUGAAGGGCUACUCUGUGAUUCCAAUUUUCUCUCUAACCUACAAAACCUGAUUCACAAAAAUCGUGUUGUAUAUGAGGUUCGAGAUCUUUGGUAUUUCCGCGUGUUUAUUUGUGGUUUAUUUUUCGGAUUUCUUAAUGAGGUAGUGAAGAUUCGAUAGAAAAAAUUGAACACACCAGAGGAAUGGUGAUUAGUGCCGGUAUUAAUUACGAACUGCGGUCUUUGAUACAUUGUCGAUUGAAUUUCUACACUGGCCCAUUGUGUCCUCCAAAAAGAACUCCUCUAUUGGCGCCUAAAAAGUUGAACAGCAUGGAUCAUAUACUUUGUGGCAGCAAGCCUCGUUAUUCAUUUUGACUGUCGGGAUAAGCUCAAUUAAACGUGACGACAAAAAGGGAGAAUAUUCGGUAAAAUAUAUUUGAGUUCAACGCGACAGAUUCCUCGUACGACUGCCACCUUGGAAAAAAAAGGCCGUAUGGAGCACUACUGCCGAGGAUGGUCAUAAAUAGUUACGGAGGUAGUGCAGAGGACCCUAGGGACUGAGUCAUUAUUUACGACCGGUGAAAUCGAUACCCAUGGUCCUGUAGUCGAUCAUGGAACUACGGUCUUCAGGGAGGACUUUGUUCGACACUAGAAUAACUAUAACUCGCGAGUGCUUUCGCCACGGACCACAUGCACCCCGAGAAUUAAUCCCGGUGAUGAAAAAUCGUCUCUAAAGAUCUCCAAAAAAUUCCUCUAAUUCCCCAAUCACUUCACCACCCCCAAACCUCCUCUCGAUACAAAUCAAUUCCCCGGAAUAAAAAAAAUAAAAUCGAUAUCCUCUAGUCUCAGACUGGAGAAUAUUUCCAAAAGAGGAAAAAAAAUCUAGAAAAUCGUCAAAGUAGAGGUUAAAUUUUGGUAAAACAGCGGCGCGUCAAAGCGCAAAGUGAAAGGCAGAAAAAAUUCUGGACACAAUGGACAUGAGCAGCGAAUCGAGCGCGGCGCGGUGGUAUGAACCACCAAGAAGCCUCGAGCCAUCGUCAGGUGGUGGUAGUGGGGGUGUAACCGGGGUAAAUCCGGACUACCGAGGUUACUAUCCCCAUGCUGGACCAACCCCACAUCAUCCAGCAGCAGCAGCCCACUAUGCUCACAGUAGAAUGUCAUCGAGUGGUGUAUCGAGUGGUGCUGUGAGUCAAGUAUGUCGUCCCCACUUCCACGGUAUUCAUCCCUGGUUACCAAGUGCAAGUGGUGACACGUCGAAGGCCUGGGCAUUUCCAACGACAACAGCAUCAACAGGGGGUGGUAGCGAGGACAAGCCCCAGAGUCCACUUGGUUCAUCCCUAUCCCUAACGAGUCAUGGAAAUGGUGUAACCGGUGGUCACCAUCCCUUCUCAUUCCCCCCAACACCACCAAAAGACGCAACGCCAGACAGCAUAACAACUAGUACUAGUUCAACAAAUAAUAAUAGUAGUAAUAGUAAUAAUAAUAAUACAACGUCGAGCAAUAACAAUAGUAGCAGUACAAGCAAUAAUAAUGGAAGUAGUGGUCUUGGUAUUGGAACAGCAAGUGGUGGCAGUAGUGAAUACCAAGCGGCAGUGGCACAUGCAGCUGUGAUGGGUGCAUUUAUGCAUCAUCAGGAUGCACUUGGUGGUGGUACUGGUGGUUCUUGUGAUGUUAAACCAUCGGUUAUGCUUGGACAUCAUCACGGUGCAUCAUCACCAACCCAUCAGCAGCAUCCAUCAAAUGGCUCGGGACAAGUUAAACAGCGUGAAGGUAAUAACCAGUCGGCAAAUGCCAAUGGCACAUCUGGCAGCAACUCGGUCAACGGUCAGACGACAAACCAACAAGCUAACACCACUGGGCAACAGCAGCAAGAUUACCAGAAUCCUGGUGGUGCUGCAUCACCCUCUUGCCGAGACUCGUAUCAUACCACAUCCCACUCACAUCAUCAUCACCAUCAUCAUCAUCCCACCUCUGGUACCCAAUACGAUCCAACAGCUAGUGCAUACAAUAUGUAUCAACACCUACAGUAUCCAACCCAUCAUACCCACAAUCCUCACAAUGGCUCAUCAUUGUUCUCUGGUACUCAUCAUACCACAACUGGUGUACCUGGAGUUAGUCCCGAUGCUAAACUCCUCGGUUCCACGCACGGCAACACCCCAAAUUCGCCCGGUUCCCAACAACAGCAGCAGUCUAAGACAAGGAACAAGUCCAGAACGUCCGCCGAAGGACGCGAGUGUGUCAACUGUGGAGCAACGUCGACGCCACUUUGGAGAAGAGACGGUACUGGACAUUACCUGUGUAACGCCUGUGGACUUUAUUACAAGAUGAACGGACAAAAUCGACCGCUGAUUAAACCCAAGAGACGCUUGUCGCUCCAGAGUGCCGCGCGGAGGGCAGGUACCAGUUGCGCAAACUGUAAAACAGCGACGACAACACUUUGGCGAAGGAAUCAGGCUGGUGAGCCGGUUUGCAAUGCCUGUGGAUUGUAUUAUAAACUUCACAACGUUAACCGACCACUGACUAUGAAAAAGGAAGGGAUACAGACGAGAAAUCGGAAGUUGUCGUCCAAGAGUAAAAAGAAGAAGGGCAGCGGCUGUUUGGGACUUGGUGGUGUCAUGGGAGACAUGAUCAAGGCUGGUGGACACCUAGAUCUUGAUAACAAGCCAUUCCACUCUGGUUUUGGCUCACCCAUGGGUACCUCUCAACAUCAUCACACGAUGCAUCCAGCUAUGCAGCACUACAUGUAUCACACGGGUGUUGGUGUUGCCAGUGGUCUCCAUCAGGGUUUUGCACCACCAGCACCACCUCCAAUCCAUCCUCACUCGCAUCCUCAUUCACACUCCCAUCACAUGACGAGUCUCCAGGGUCUUCAGCUCGCCGCCACGACGAACGCCAUGCCUGGUUGGCGAUCCGAAUACACAUGAAUGAGUGCGAGUUAUCCAGAAAUACAACCAUCAACAAUCGCUCAGGACGCAGCCCACCAUUUUCUGACGUAACAAGGUUAAUCUUCUUCAACGGUUGCGUCGCGCUAUUUUAACUCUGUAAAUACAUGUAUCCCAUCAGUUUAUUCGUGGAGCCAUGGAAAUAUCGGUCAGGACUAAUAACUCAACGCGUUUUUCACCACAAAUUAUCUGAACGCCAUUUUGAAGUUACGUGAAUCCGUCGGUCCACCGACGAACAAUACCGAAUCAUACAAAAGUCCAGGUAAAUCAUGAAUAAUAUUUCUGUAAAUAUGUAAAGUAUAUUAUUAUACCGUAGGGUGAUACAAGCCCCCGGCCCCAAGUACAAAACGAAGUCAGCUACUAUCUUUAACGAAUCGUUAUGUUACUGUAAAUAUUGAAAAUUAAAUUCAUGUGGUAUAUUACGUAAAAAAUGUGUUAUCGAUUUCAAUAUGAAACGGCAAGAUUGACUGCAUUUCUUAGAUGUUUGCUGCCCCGUAGGGGGUUCUCUAUUCACUGUCCAACAAAAUGAAAGAACAAAAUUUACCAGCGGAGAUGAAAAUUCUUUAUCACUUUUUACUGUUGCUAAAUCAUCUUAGAUGUAUACGGGUAAAUAGAGAAAUGACUUUCCCUUUUGUCGAAUAUAUCGUGCAAUUCGAGGGGACGAGUGAUGAUUUUGUUAGUGUUUUUAUUUGCGCGACGGCUCAUUGUUUAAUCUCCUCCCUUUUUCAAUCCAGUUUCUCUCCAUUUUUCCCAUUUGCAGAUCAACAAAUAUUUCUCAUUUUUAAUGAUGAACUCGUGAAAUUAUGAACGUAGAUUUUGAAUAAUGAACAGAAUGAAAGAGAUACGAUGUAAACACUCAUGUAGAAGUGGACACGUGAUUUCUUCAAUGUCCAACAAUUAGAUAAAGUAGAGAAAAAUUAUUUGUAAACAUAAUUAUCGACUAUGGUACCCAUCACAGGUGAAUCAGCUCAUAGACUCAAGUGAUCAUUCAGAUAUUUCUUAAAUAAAAUCAAUCUAGAUUUUGUCACAGCGUAUGAACAAAUGAGGCCACAUCAGAUUUCAAAGUGUAAUUGAAACAUACAACACUUGUGAAUUACGUUGCGUAAUGUAAAUUUUGUAUCUUUCAAAGAUUGUGUAUCGUACCACUUUUUUCCGGACUAGAUAUUAAAGAAAACAAAUAUUCUAUGAAAAAUAAAUAUAUAUUCUAAUGGAUAAAAGAAAUAAGGGUAUCUUAUUGGUAAAUAGUCGUUGAAUAUAAGUAACUGUGUAUAAUUUUAGUUGAAAUAAAUAAUAAACGUACAUUGAUAGAUAGUCAAAGUAUUAAAUUAAAUAAAUGGAAUGUCAUAUAUAUUAUCAUACACAUGCGUAUUAAAUUCAUUUCAUAUUUUCUACGCAUGUGUAUAGGUGAAUUCAGCUUUGGAGCUGAUUAAUCGGAUAGAGGAAAGAGGCAAAAGAAUAUGAGACCACAUUGUGAUUUUUUUUUUUUUUUCAAUUAUAAACGUUAUUCAUUCUAGUUUUAUUCAAUGGUAUUACGGUGAAUGCGCUCAGCAAUAAAACGCGGUUGACUGUAUUCUCAGUGAAAUACAUCAACUUUUCUUAAAGAUUACGAUGGACUUAUGUAUUUCACUGGGAAUAAUGAGGUGAAUUUUCGAGACUUGAUGAUUUUCCAUUAGAAAAUACUCCAUGUAUAAUAUAAAUUUCAUUACUGGAAAACCGAUAAUGUGACUCAUCGGGAGUUUGUAUACAUAGAGAAAAAAAAAAUAUCUAUUGUAGAGUAUUACUAGGGAGGUAGAUUGUAGACUGUAAAAUAUGAUUUAGAAGAAUAAAAACAAAAAAACAUGAAUAUUAAAAUAAAAUAGAACGUUCUCGUUUGUUGGGGGGACAAAUGUAACAACAGACUGGGUGAACUUCACGUGUAGAGGACACCAGGUUGACGGCCCGACGGCGAUCGUGUAAAAAUGUGAA